AAAAAAGUCUUGUGAUAAAGAAGGUUAUAGUCGUGGCAAAAUUUGUGGGGUUGAGACCAGAAAAAGUUCAGAGAAACUGCCUCGUAUUCUCGUCUUUCGAAGAACACGUUUCUUCCGAAAGUUCAAAUAGAUUGUGACCCUUAACCCGAUCUUUAUAUAUUAUUGGGUUUUUUAGUUCCUCUCUUCUGGGUUUGCUUCAAAAUCAGUUUUUUUUUUCUUCCUCUGCCCCAUAUGUUUCUGUUUCAGACAGCUUUCUCGUGUUGUUGAUCAUUAAACGGGUCUUGUAUUUUAAGCUUUGUUGGUCAAUUUGUGAUGUUUCUGUAAAAGGAUAUUCUGCUGCUAGCAUAUAAAGGGUUGCAAGUUAUCCAUUUGAAGCUUUUUGUUGUUGUGUCUUUUACCCUCCAGUUCCGAGGGAAGGAGCUUGUAAAUUCGGAGUUUGGUCGGGAAAUAAGUUAAGUCUGAUUGAGGAUUGUUUCAGGUAGGACUCCAAUUUGGAUUCUUCCGAGUUCGUCUUUGACGGAAGUCAGGAUUGUUGCUAUGUCAAUUGCACCAAUUGAUAGCAUAGACUCAUUGAGUAGCGAUCUCUUCUAUGACAUAUUACGACGACUCGAUGGUCCUGCAUUGGCUAGUUUAGCUUGUACAUGUGCAGCUUUUUGUUCCAUCUCAAAAGAAGAGAGUUUAUGGGAAAAUGUAUGUUCAUCUGUGUGGCCUUCAACCAAUAGGGAGGAUGUUAAAAGUUUAAUAUUCUCGAUCGGCGGUUUCCGAAAAUUCUAUGCUGAUUGUUUUCCUCUCAUUGUAAACAAAGAGGUUGGAGAGUAUCAGUGGAACAACCAUCUUGAGUACCCUGAUGAUUGGACUGAAGCCGAAUACUAUGGCGAUACAAAUGAACUCGAAAGCAUCACACCAUCUGAUUUUGUUUCCAUUGUAGACAUCAGGUUUAAGGGAAAACCAAUCUGCUCUAAAGUUCAAUGGGGGAUUCCAAAUGCAGACGGCUUCGAUGGUUGGUUCUACAACUGUCCUUUUCGGAUCGAUCUCCUCGCUUACGCAGAUAGAGACGAUAACAAUGACGGGGUGGUGACCCUUUCUGUAUCGGACGGUCUUCCACCAAUUACAUCCAUGGAAAGAGAAAGGAAAGACGGGAAACUAUGGCAUGAGCUGCGCGACGGUCUCCUUCUUAGUUGGAUUUUAGUAAACAAGAAAAUAAAGCAGUCUGCUAAUCUUGCAAGCUGGAGUCCUCUCGACGGUCAAAGACAUUGGCCAACCGAUAAAGACUUUGUUAUCCGAUUCGGAUCAGUUCUCCCUGCAAAGGACAUUCUUUCUUCUCAAGUAGUGCAGUGUAUUCUUGUCAUGAAGUUUAGAGUUGUUCACAUUGAAGAAGAAGGGUUCCAAACUAGUCUUAAAUUAACAGAACUUAGCAUGCAAUUGAAAGACAUGGAAGGUGCUCAUGUUAAUGGAAGGAACAGUUUGCAUAUUCUUAAAGAAGCACUUAGUUGCAGAAGGAGCAAAAAUUAUAGUGAAGUUCUUGAAUCUUGUCAUAUGUAUUCAAAAGUGCAAAAUGAGUUGAAGGAGGAAAAGAUGAGAAGUGAAAGUAGGUUGGAUACACUUUGUAUUAUAACUGGCAUUGCUGCUUUUAUGACAUUUUGGUACUAUGUUUUGUGAAUUUUAUAAUAAAGUAAUUAUUUUGGGAUACCCCUUUUUUGUAAGUUAAAAUUCCUAAUAAAGUAAUUAAUUAAUGAAAGUUUUACUGGAUUGAGAUAUGAAA